CUUGAUAUUUAUAAUAAACACGUAUAAUUUUGUUUAAGUGAGCAAAGUAUUGUGAUAAUAAUAGGAAUUAUUAUUUGUCUAAAAACUAAAAUUUAAUGAGGUUGAUUGAUUUAUUUAUGUUUUUGUGAGGAGGUGGGGAAUUUGCAGUGGCAAGAACCAAACUCCGAAAUUGGAAGCAAGAAUGAUAUCUACAACUGCUGCGAGAAUAGGGCGACCUUCUUCUUCACCUUUAUCACUACUCUUGAAACCUCAUACUUCUCGCCCGAUUCUGACUCCAUCUGCUUCAUUUUCCUCUUCUCUUCCCUCUCGCAAACUCAUUCUCUACUCCAAACCCGGAUGCUGUUUGUGCGAUGGCCUCAAAGAGAAACUACACGCCGCCUUUCUCCUCUCCGGCCCCGAUUCUCUUCACGACGUCCACUUACAGGUGAGGGAUAUCACUACUAACCCUGAAUGGGAGAGAGCUUACCAGUAUGAGAUUCCUGUGCUUGCGAAAGUCCGCUCUGAUGGCUCGGAGGUUGGUUCUAUUCAUUCAUUCUUGUUAAUUCUGAUUAGCACCACCCGAUAUUUUGUUUUUGGCGGUUAUUGCUUAUUCGGAAAGGGGGUGUGUCUAUUUCAGAUUUACGGAGCUCUUCUUUGCGCUCCUAUCUAGAAUUGUGCUUAUGGAUUUAUAAAAUGAUCAAUUUCUUGUGCAUUGAUUGUUUUGAAAUCGUUGGCUUGAGUUGUACUGAAUUUUCUUUAUCCAAACUUCUGUGGUACUAUGUCAGUAACCUCUUGUUCUUGCUUGUAACAUUCGAGUUUGAGGUUCCAAUGAGUUGGUCACCUCAGCUUCUGUUCUCACUCAAUUUAUUUUGGAUCCAGUUGGGUCUGUGAUCAAUCUAAUAAGGUUUUUAUCAA